GGGGUCGCGGCAGUGAGCAGAUGGCGGCGGAGCAGGGCGCCUGAACGGGCGGGGGCCAUGAGCGCCGCCCGGUCCCAGUUCAGCAUUGAUGAUGCCUUUGAGCUGUCCCUGGAGGACGCAGGUCCUGGGCCUGAGUCCAGCGGUGUCGCCCGCUUUGGGCCGCUGCACUUCGAGCGCCGGCCCCGGUUCGAGGCGGCCGACGAAGACAAGCAGUCCCGGCUGCGCUAUCAGAACCUGCAAAAUGAUGAAGAUGUAGCCCAGCCUUCUCCGGAACCAGAUGGGGGAGUCAGCACCAGGACUCCUGUCUCAAAGGGAUCCCCUGCCUUGCUUUCUCCUGCCCCUUACCGGGCUCUAUCCUGCAGGGACUCUGCCCGAACAUCCAUCCGCAGCUCCCAGUGGUCUUUUAGUACCAUCAGCGGCACCACACAGCGCUCCUACAAUGCCUGCUGCAGCUGGACCCAACACCCCCUAAUCCAGAAGAACUGCCGAGUGGUGUUGGCCUCCUUCCUGCUCUUGCUUCUGGGGCUGGUGCUGAUCCUGGUCGGCGUGGGACUGGAGGUGGCCCCCUCUCCAGCAGGUGUCUCCAGUGCCAUCUUCUUCGUGCCGGGCUUCCUGUUGCUGAUCCCGGGAGUCUACCACGUGAUCUUCAUCUACUGCGCUGUCAAGGGCCACCGGGGUUUCCAGUUCUUCUACCUGCCCUACUUCGAAAAGUGAGCGAAGGCCGGAUAUCUCGAUGCAAACCGCAGGACACUGCUUCACCUCCACAGGGCGCUCGUCAGACCCAAGACCUGUUCAGCUCACCCCAUCUCUAGGGAGAAGAUCGUCCUGGACUGUUGAAGCGCCCAGCCCCCUCAGGAAUUUGCUUCGAAGUUUGGGGCGCAGACACCAGCUGGGAACACCCACCUUGCCUGCUCUGUGUCUUAAGUUAUUUUCAGGCUUUGGGGCAAUUGGGUUGAUGUUAUUUUGUGCUAGUAAAAGGA